UCUCACCAUUCAUUCACAACUCAACACGGCAUCGAGACAAUUACGACAAUCAGAAACCAUGAAAUCUGCGGCUCUUGUCAUUAUGGCAUUUCUACUCUUGGUAGAUGUGAAAGCGUUUCGGACGCCACAAGGAAGAUGCCAGUGUUUAAAUGGACUAGUGGACUUAAUUCCUCGACACAACAUUGCUAAAUUAGAAAUACACCCAGUUAGUUCCUCGUGUACCAACUUGGAGAUUGUUGUUACUCUGAAGGCCAAGAAAGGGAAGAAAUGUCUAAAUCCAAAAGCAGAGUAUACUGAAAAAGUCAUCAAGGCUACAAUACAGAGGAGGCAUGUCCAGUAGAUGAGGAGCAGAUUCGGUCUUCUCUGCUAUUCUGUUUCAGGUUAUACUGACUUCCUGGAUGUUUUUUUAUUUGUUUACUGUAACUAUGUAAAUGCUGAACUAUGUACAUACUGAACAUGUAAAUAUGUAAAUAUUUAUGUUUUUUUGCACACUCUACAUAUGCCUAUAUGCCAUUUUUGUACAGUCUUGUUUUGUUUUUUGAAAUAAAAAAAGCUGUUUCUGUUUUGAA